GUUUUACAAAAUGAAAGUCCAUAUCGUCGAACAACUUAUCGUUAUACACCAUUACUUGCUUAUUUAUUAACACCAAAUUUAUUUCUUAAUGAACAUUGGGGAAAAUUUUUAUUUUCAAUUUGUGAUGUAUUUGUUGGUUUAUUAAUUGGAUGGAUUUUACCAAAGCAACAACAAAAAUAUGCAUUAAUUUGGUUUUAUAAUCCAAUGUCAGCUGUUAUUGCUACAAGAGGAAGUUAUGAAUCAAUUGUAGCUGUUAUUGUACUUGCAAUACUUUAUAAUGCUAAACAAUCAAAUGAACGAACAUGGCUUACAGGAAUACUUCUUGCAUUAGCUACUCAUUUUAAAAUUUAUCCAAUAAUUUAUUCUCUUGCAUUAUAUUUUCAUAUUGAUCAUAAUUCAUCAUUGUAUUUAACAUCUCGUCGUUUUCAACUUGUUAUUUCUUUUAUAUUAAUAACAUUUAUACUUAAUGGAUUUUUUUAUUAUUAUUAUGGUUAUAUUUAUUUAUAUGAAACAUAUUUAUAUCAUAUUGUACGUCGUGAUGCACGACAUAAUUUUUCACCAUAUUUUUAUUUAACAUAUUUAAGUCCAAAAAAUUCUUUUCUUUCAUUAAUUACAUUUAUUCCACAAAUAUUUAAUACAUUAAUAUUAUCAUAUCGUUUAUAUAAUAAACUUGAACUUUGUCUUUUUGCAUUGACAUUUUCAUUUGUUAUAUUUAAUAAAGUAACAACAUCACAAUAUUUUCUUUGGUAUUUAAUUUUUAUACCUAUUCUUUUACCAAAUAUUCAAUUAAAAUGGAAAACAUUAUUUCUAUUACUUUGUAUUUGGUUACUAGCACAAGGUUGGUGGCUUUAUCAUGCAUAUGAAUUAGAAUUUCAAGGAAAAAAUACAUUUGUUCAAAUAUGGUUAGCAUCAAUUGUAUUUGGUUUGGUUAAUGUUAUUAUAUUAUGUAUGAUUAUACGUAAUUAUCGUCAGAUAACACUUGUAUCAGUUUCUUCUGAAAAAACAGAAAUUGAAAAAAAGAACGAUUAA